AUGAAAUUGGCUCCCACACUUCACAAUAAUACAGUUCGAACUCCAUUCACUCACCACUUUAAUUUGGACAAAACUUCAACAAUUUCAUGCCCCAAAAAUGCUCGAGUUCAAUUCUCUCUUCGUUGCUCUUACCCCCUUUAUUCAGGUGUUUGCAGUUGUGAUCGGAAGUAUAGUUAUUCAACAAUUGCCUGCGCAAGAAAAACCGAGCAGGAGCAAGAAUCGUCUGCUUCAGAGAGAGAGAUAUCAAUUUCUCCAUCACAUGAUGGUGUCAAUGACAUUGAUUGCUCAGACAAUGUCUCUUCCAUGAGUAAUUCAGAGGAGAAAGCUCAGAAGAGUGUAGAAUAUGCCUCUUCACUGAGAACUGUAGCCUUAUGCGUGUUCUCAGCUGUGGCAUUUGGUGUUGGAUUGGGAUUCAAAGACGGAGUUGGCAAGGCAUCCGAGUUUUUUACUGGGUACCUACUGGAGCAGAGUUUAUCAGUGGACAAUCUUUUUGUCUUUGUUUUAAUAUUCAAGUAUUUUAAAGUGCCACUUACAUAUCAGAAUCGGGUUCUCUCUUAUGGAAUUGCUGGUGCAAUAAUCUUCCGAAUGACGUUGAUACUUCUUGGCACUGUGACGCUUCAGAGGUUCGAGGCAGUUAACCUACUCCUGGCGGUGAUACUACUCUACUCAUCAUUCAAGUUAUUUGCUGAAGGAGAAGAAGAUGCUGAUCUGUCAGAUAACUUCAUAGUAAAGACAUGUCAGAAAUUCAUCCCCGUCGCUUCUAACUAUGAUGGCAAUCAAUUUAUAACCGUUCAGAAUGAUAUGUGGAAGGCUACACCUUUGCUUUUGACGGUUGCAGUUAUUGAACUCAGUGAUAUUGCAUUUGCUGUGGAUUCUAUACCUGCAGUUUUCGGUGUGACGCGAGAUCCUUUUAUAGUUUUCACGUCUAAUGUCUUCGCCAUUUUAGGUUUAAGGUCAUAUUAUACACUCAAUUCUGAGAGUAUGGCAGAUUUGGAGUAUUUGCAGCCUGCCAUCGGUGGUAUUCUGGGAUUUAUUGGGUUCAAAAUGAUUCUUGAUUUCUUUGGUUUCCAUGUAUCUACUGAGGUUUCCCUUGGAUUUGUGGCUACAUCUCUUAGUGCUGGGGUGUUGCUGAGUUUAAUAAAGAAAUCCGACUGA